AUGGCGGGACCUGACCCCUCUCCUUCUCCAAAGGUUUUUCUUGCAAAUUCCGGAAUCGUCGCCGGAGCUCCCGUUGCCAGAAAACUUAUCCGCGGCGGAUAUGGAGAAGAAGAUACCACGCAGCACCGUUUCGGCAUCCCUUUCGCCAUAUCCCUCAACCUUCUCUCCGAUUCUUGGCAUUUCCAACCCGAUCGCUUUCUCCCUUUUUUGACUGAGAAUACGGACUUCACUGUGAUUGGAGUGAUUGGGGGACCUGGAGUUGGCAAGUCCACUUUAAUGAAUGAACUCUAUGCAUUUGAUUCAAGUUCUUCGGAUAUGCUACCACCUUUUGUCAUAGAAUCUGUAGAGGAAAGAGCUACGGCAAGGCAUUGUUCUAAGGGAAUUGAACCAAGGAUAUCUGCUGAACGUGUUAUUCUUCUUGAUACACAGCCUGUAUUCAGUGCUUCUGUUUUAGUUGAGAUGACGGAACCUGAUGGAUCUUCAACAAUUUCGGUGAUGAGUGGAGAAGGAGAAUCUUUGUCAGCUGAAUUGGCUUAUGAGGUUAUGGCUAUUCAGCUUGCUGUUUUUCUAGCAUCCACAUGUCAUAUUCUGCUGGUGGUGUCCGAGGGAGUCCAUGAUGACAACUUGUGGCAUUUGAUGUCAAGGGCUGACUUGCUGAAGAAUGACAUUUCAGACCCAUCCUUGCUAUCUUCAUCCCUUUCACAAAGCUCUAGCUCAGGACUUGAGAAAGAUAGCAAAGUUCCUGAAAGGGAAUACAUGGCUACUCCUGUUUUUGUACACACAAAGCUAAGAGAUCAAGAGUUGACUCCUAAAAAUAUUUUGCUGCUGAGGAAGGCGCUUAUGAAGUAUUUCAAAAAAUCCUCUUUUGUUAGAAAUACUACUAGAAACCAUUCUAAUGAGCAAGUUUCAUCUUCUAUGGUUCACAAUAGGGACAUGGAUUCUAACACGCUAAAUUUGUUUUCGAUCCCAUUUAAGGGAAAAGGGGAAAAUCCCAGAGCUCAGAGUUAUAUUUCUGCCCUACGGAAAACACGAGAUCAGAUUUUAUCGGUGAAGCGACCAUCUUUCAUGAGACCCGUGUCUGAGCGUGAAUGGCUAAAAAGUUCAGCCAAGAUAUGGGAACAGGUUAGAAACUCCUCAAAGAUAUCAGAAUACUGCAGAUCACUUCAAGAUUCUGGUAUGUAUUGA